AUGGCUUCAGAUAGGGCUAGGAAGCUUAUCAGUUUAGCUCUUAAUACAGAACAACAUGGCGAUUCUCUUACUACGCGUCAAGAAAUAUUGCUUAAUAAGGGAAAUACCAUUAUUAACAAUAAUUUUGAUCCUGAUCAGAAUAGUAGAUACACGAAUACAUUAAACAAUGUUAUCAAUAUGAUGGACAAUCCUACUGAAUUUAGUUUAAAUGUACCGUUGGAAGAUUACAUUGAACAUUACUCGCUAGUAGAAAAUGCACAGAUUGAAAUAGUUGAUGUUCCUGAUUUUUUUACUACAUUUGACGUACCUAGUGAAAAUGCAAACAUAAUUAGCAAUACACAUUCUUUAAAAAUUUGUGAUACUGUUAGGGUUUACGAUCCAUCGCAGCGAGAAAAUUUUAAUGAUACUUAUAUAGAAAACUGCGAUUUAAUAUCCAAUUUUAGUAAUAAUUUUGGCGAUCCUAAAUUAGUUCCAUACUCAUCAAGUUCAGAAAACGAUAGCGAUACUUCCUUGCCUGAGAAGAGUAAAUUCAGAAAAAGACGAACUCAAGUAAAUAAUAAUACCUGGUUUGCAGAAAAAAAUAAAAAAUUGCGCGAAAAAGGCUCAAUAUAA